AUGAAGCGUGUUCUCCUUACAGGUGGCUCUGGCUUCAUCGCGACGCACGUAUUGGACCAGCUAAUCCAGCGAGGAUACAGUGUGGUGACGACUGUCCGCUCUGCAGCCAAGGCCAACAAGAUCAGAGCUGCAUACCCAACCAUAGGUACAGAUCGACUGGAUUUCGCGAUUGUGGAAGACAUUGCGCUAGAAGAUGCCUUUGAUGACGCUGUCACAUCCUCUCCGCCGUUCGACGCAGUCAUCCACACGGCCAGUCCGUUCCAUUUCAACGUCACCAAUGUACAACGAGAUCUUCUCGAUCCUGCAAUCAAGGGUACAACUGGUGUUCUACAAUCGAUUGUCAAGAAUGCGCCCACGGUCAAACGAGUCGUCAUUACUUCCUCCUUUGCCUCGAUUGUGAAUCCCUUCAAAGGAUCAUGGCCGGAGCAUACAUACACCGAAGAAGACUGGAAUCCCGUCACUCUGCAACAAACCUCGGAAAACAUUGCCAACGGCUACCGAGCAAGUAAGACAUUUGCCGAGAGAGCGGCGUGGGAAUUCAUGCAACAAGAGUCGCCUCAUUUUUCACUAACGACGCUGUGCCCACCACUGGUAUUGGGACCUGUGAUAAGCCACUUAGGCAGUCUGGACAACCUCAACACCAGCAACCAAGUCAUCCGUGAUUUGGUCCAAGGGAAACACAAAGACAAGGUCCCGGACAAUGCCACCUUUACCUGGGUGGAUGUGCGUGAUCUCGCGCUCUGCCAUGUCCUGGCCUUGGAAAAGCCCGAGGCUGCAAAUCAACGCUUUCUAGUCUCCGCCGGCUUCUUCUGCAAUGGGGAGCUCGUGGACAUAAUGAGGAAGGAACAUGAUCGACUGCGGGAUCUGUUGCCUGCCGAAGGUAGCCCUGGUGGCGGUUAUCCAGAGGAUGGACUGUACAAAGUCGACAACAGCAAGGUUGUCAAGAUCUUGGACGUCAGCUGGAGGAAAUUGCCUGAUACCGUCACGGAUACGGUCAACUCGCUCCAACAGUUCGUAUUGUGA